AUGCGCCAGAUUUCUAAGAUGCUGACUGAGAGACAACCAUGGAUGCUCCCCUGUACCACAGAGUCAAACCCGAGGGAGCAUGUCAAGGCUAUCACCUUGAGAUCGGGUAAGCAGUUAGCUAGUUCUUUACCUAUGGCUGAUGAUGAUGUUAUUGUGCAGGAUGAGCCAGCCAGGAAGGAGUCAGAGUCUGAGAUGACAGAACCUGCACGAACCAAGGACAAGAAGAAGAGUCCUGUGAGGGAAUACCAGCCUCUAAUUCCAUAUCCUGCAAGGUUGAAGCAGGAGAAGGUUGAUCAACAGUUUGGUAAGUUCUUGGAUUUAUUUAAGCAGCUGAGAAUUAACCUACCUUUUGUUGAGGCUAUAUUGCAAAUGCCCAAGUAUACGAAGUACUUGAAGGAGAUUCUAAGCAACAAGAGGAAGCCAGAGGACUUGGGACUUGUGACAUUAAAUGAGGAGUACUCAGCCAUUCUUCAAAACAAGCUGCCAGUGAAGAAGCGCGAUCCAGGUAGUUUCAUUGUACCUUAUAUUAUUGGUAAUUUGCCUAUUAGUGAUGCUUUAGCUGAUUUAGGAGCUAGCAUCAAUCUAAUUCCUAGCAGUUUGUUUGAAAAAUUAGGUUUGAAUGAGCCUAAACCUACUAGGUUGAGCAUACAGUUGGCAGAUAGGACUGUUAAAUAUCCUAAGGGUAUAAUUGAGGAUGUACUUGUUAAGGUAGAUAAGUUUAUAUUUCCUGUUAACUUUAUUGUUAUGGAUAUGGAAGGUGAGAGUAGCGUGCUUGUAAUUCUAGGUAGACCUUUCCUUGCAACAUCUAGGGCAUUUAUAGAUGUGUGUGAUGGGAAGUUACAGCUUAGAGUAGGUGAUGAGACUAUUACCUUUGACCUUAGCACUUCUAUGAGACAUUCACUUGACCAUGAUGAUACCGUAUAUUCUGUGGAUGUUUUGGAUGAUAUUGUGGAGUCUCAAUUGCAGGAGAUAUUACUUGAUGAUCCUUUAUAG